CAACGCAGUCUUUGUGACCGUACUGUACUUCUUCUCCACCCCAGCAGACGGCCCUCCAUCUCCCACACAUCCCUCAUGACCCGCCCCACCCAAUCCGCUCUCCACCCUCCCUCUCCAGCCCUCCUCCCCAGAUCCUACCGCCACACAACCCUGGAAAGCAUCCCCGUCUCCCCUUCCGUGCCUCACACCCCAACCACCACCACCACCUCCGACUCAUCCUCCCACGACGACGACAACGACGACCCGAACCAUGUAUCCUUCUGCGCUAACUUCGCGCGGUAUAUACGGGGGGCUGCGAUGCAGAUCGAUACCCAGCUGAGGAGGAGUGGUCGGUCUGUAACAGGGAAGCAGGGCGGGGAGGGUGGCCGGGAUGUUGUGCGUGGGGGGACGGAGUUGAGUAACCUAGAUGCUGAUGAUGAAAUGGAAGCGGAUGAGGGGUUCGUGGCUGAUGAUGAGGAUGAGGAGGGGAGUGAGGAGGAGAGGUCGGCGAGUGAGAGCGAGGGGAGUACGAGUGGGGAUGGGAUGGAGAGCACGAGUUGGGAGAGUGGGAGUGAGAGUGGGGAGGAGCGGUUGGAGGAUGUGGGUGCGGGUGGUGGUUCGGGAACGGCCAAGACGACGGGUAGAAGGAGGCGGGCGGAUAUGAAUGCACAAGCUGGACAGGCGAGGAAGAGGGGAGGCAAGGCAACGGUGCGUUCGCAGCCGCAUCAGAAUGGACGGACACGAAAGCCGAAACAGCGGCUACCAACCAAACAGACCAGACGCCACCAGCAAGCACGCCAAACCCUCAACAUGCAAAACAAAAAGCACCCGUCGCAACCCAAACGCCGAAAAGCCCCAUCCAAACCGAACCCUAAACCGACACCGAGACAGCGCCGAGGACGAAAGCAACCCAAACCCCGUGCCUCACCGCCAAUCCUCAUCCCCUCCGUCUCGCCGUCCCCGCAACCCCCGCCUUCCGCUCGCAAACGCCGCCGCGUAGCCACUCCGAUCCUUAUAAACAGCGUUUCGCCGUCCCCGCAUCGUCCGCACAUAUCCGAACCCAGGCGGCAGCGGAAUGAGUGUAAGAGGCGGCGCGUGAUGGGUGGGGGAUGGAGGAAGGGUUAAAAAGGGGAAGCUGAGAGGAGAGCGGUAUCGCAGAGGAUGCAUGGUGGAUGGAGAUAUGUGUGGCGUCCGGUGUGAACCAAACCCACGAACUGGGAGGAACUGAACAACUAACGCCCCGCAACAGAGCGGAAACUCACAUCCGGAAACUCGAAACAUUAUGCCCCCCCAU